AUGGCUGCGGCUGGGGAGUUUAGGGCGCGGCUCACAGGUGGCGACAGACAGAAAUGCAGUUAUUAUAAGCAAGUCUUUGAGCUUCUGUCCGCGUUGUGUGUGCACAACGAAGAGGGUCACGCGCGCGCCCUUGACACUUUGGAGCACUACAAGAAAUUGAAAGGUGAGAGAUAUAGACUGAAUGUGAUCGUCCAGGAGCUGAGCAGGGCCACGGCUGUGGACUACCAGACGGCCCUUGUGGCCUUUAUCAACUGUCUGAUCAUCUCCACGCCCAGGCUCACCGACAGGAUCAGGAGACGCAACGAAUUCAUUGGAUGUCAUCUGCUUCCGGUGCUCAACAACUUAAGAAAAUGCGCCGAGGCGGAGCCCGAGCUCGCCGUCCAGCUCGACGUGUUCGACGAGCAGCGCGACAGCGACGACUCCCAGAGCCUGCAGGGCCCCCACGGCGUGGACCUCAACUCGCCCUUGGACGUCUUCUACGCCAUCCUCAAGCAAGUUGCGGAAACGCCGCAGGAAAUCCCCUUCCUGAGCAUCCUGCAGCACCUGCUGCGCAUCGACGCCAAAGACGCCGUCAGCGACAUCAUCUGGGACACGGCCGAGCGUCUCGUGCACCGCGCCACCCUCCUGGAGAACCGCGAAGACGCCGCCCGCCUGCUGCGCGCCCCCAGCGCCCAAUCAAAGUUCUUCUGCCACUGUCACCUCCGCUCCGAGUCUAGUCCCACCCGCCGCCCCUCCCUCAACACGCCCCAGAGCCCCACGCCCGCGCUGCCGCCGCCGCCGCCCCCGCCCCCCAACAUCCCCGCCGUCCCGCCCCCCGUCCCCGCGCCGCCCCUCAAGCCCGCCGCGCCGCUCCCGCCCCCCGAAUGCGAUUCUGUGAUAGAGAAGUUACCCCAGCAGGAGAUCCCGGCGCCGAAGAUUAAAAUGAAGACUUUCAAUUGGAACAAAAUACCGAAUAAUAAGGUGAUUGGGAAGAAUAAUAUUUGGACGCAAGUGGCGUACAGUCACCAGCAUUCGCCGAUGGCUGAUUUGGAUUGGCUGGAGAUGGAGGGGCUGUUCUGCCAACAAGCGCCCCCAGCCAAUGCGGCGGCGAGUUUCAGGCGCGAAAAUACGAAUUCAGAGACUUUGGAUAGGAGGAUACGCAAGGAAAAUUGCGAGAUUACGCUUCUGGACGGGAAAAGGAGUCUCAAUGUUAAUAUUUUUUUAAAACAGUUUCGGAGCUCUAAUGAGGACAUCAUACACUUGAUCCGGGAAGGGGAACAUGACGAUAUCGGGGCAGAAAAACUCAAAGGACUCCUUAAAAUACUACCAGAAGUUGAUGAACUAGACAUGCUCAAGUCGUUUGAUGGCGAUUUCACUAAAUUAGGAAACGCCGAAAAAUUUUUAAUACAACUGACCAACUUAUCCAAUUAUAAACUACGAAUAGAAAGCAUGCUUCUGAAAGAAGAGUUUGCCUCAAAUAUGAGCUACUUGGAGCCUAGCAUUAAAUCAAUGAUUAUGGCAGCUCAAGACUUGAUGACGAACAAACCGCUUCAAGAAGUCUUGUAUAUGAUUUUGGUCGCUGGCAAUUUCCUAAAUGCGGGUGGUUAUGCCGGGAACGCGGCCGGUGUUAAAUUGAGUUCGUUGCAAAAAAUCACAGACAUUAGAGCGAAUAAACCAAAUAUGAAUUUAAUACAUUUUGUGGCGUUGCAAGCUGAGAAGAAAAACCCCAAACUGCUGACCUUCACCGACAACAUAAGCGUGCUGGAGGACGCAGCCAAGACGACAGUGGAGCAGCUCCAGAACGAGAUCAACGUGCUCGACGUCCGGAUAAAAAAAAUCAAGAAACAAAUCGAACUGGCAACCACCGAGCCCGAAAUCAAAGAGCAAAUGACCGAAUUUUUGCAAAUGGCCGAACGUGAAGUCUCCAACUUGCAACAGAACAUGGAGGAGUUGGAGAAGGUGCGUGUGCAACUGGCUGAAUUUUUCUGCGAGGACACGAAUUCGUUCAAACUUGAGGAGUGCUUCCGGAUUUUCCACGGGUUUUACUGCAAGUUCAAGCAAGCAGUUGGCGAUAACGAGCGCAGGAGGAUCCAGGAGGAGCAGGCGAAUGCGCGGCGCCGGCAACGCGAGGAGUUGCUCGCUUCCAAGAGGCGGCAAAUGGAGAACUUGGGGGGAACCCCCGAUUCGGACGUGCCGUUCAUCGACUUGCAAAUCUACGACAGCAGGCAUGGUUUUCCGAUGAAAAAGGGAUGGAAAACCACCAACGGGACAUCCGAAGACGAGCUUUCCUCAGUCACCGGCUCCCCCUCUCUCUCCCGGCGCCGGCUGGGCUCAUUUAACGGCGACCCGGAGAAAUCCCCCGACAUCACCCCUAAUGGGAGCCUGCGGCGGCGGCGAAGCCGAGUCUUGUCGGAGGAGGACGAAGGCAACUUGAUGGACUUCCUCCGGGCUUCGGACAACAACCGCGAGCGCCGCUCUUGGGGGAGUCUGGACCGGUCAUGGGCCCGCAAAGCUAGAGGUGGGAGCCAGCGAAAACGCCCGGCUUUAUUAGGCGCUGACUUCACCUCGGACCGAGAACGCCCCUCCUCGCCCUCACCUCUGAGCGAGUCCAAACCGAUCGUUUCAACCCCCGAAGAAGAAACCAACAAACCGAAAGAACUGAGACAAAAAAUCGAAUCCUGGCUGCAGGCCAGCGAAAGCGACCAAACCGAGGAAACCCGACGGCAGACUCGCCGCAUCACGAACCGGCGCUCCUUCGAAAUGGACUCGGAGAGUGAACGCAGCAGCACUCUGGACACGCUGCCCGAAGGCAAGCAAGUCUACAGCGGCAGCCAAUCCACCUACCGCAAGGCCUACCCGGCCUGGGAGCCCUCGAAGACGAUCGACAACACGGACGUGGUCAGCGCCAUGGAAGCCGUCGAGGAAGUGCAGCCCCAAAUCAAGGACAAGUCGGCGUGGCGCAAAUCCACCCUGAACGUGGCCAACAGCACGGAAGAAACCAAAGACGAUUCAAUGCGUCUUAACCGCCUACCAGUGGUGGAGAACGACCGCAAAACCCUGAUUAGCUCUCUCGGGGAGCGCUCCCCCACCGAUAAACUCACUCUCUACAUUCAAGCCUCGCCCCCCAGCCUGGACGACCCACCCAUCAGCAACAAGGUCGAAAUCGACCAAGACAACAUAGAAACGCCCCCAGCCACGCGCAAAAUCUUCAUCCCCACGCCCACCGAGAAGCGCGAGCCGACGCAGCCCAGCCCCUGUCGCCGCCUCAUGGGCCGCCCACGCGACACGGACGAGCCCGAACCCAACCCGACGCUCGGCGACGGCCAAUUCGACCGGUUUUCCGCCGCAAGGCGCACACGACGGUACAAACGCACCGACACCGACCCCGACGAACCCAAAGACGAGCCCGAGACCCGCCUCAAGGCGUGGCAAGACAAGCUACAGAACCCCGGUAGGCGCCACCGCCACCAAACCGGAAUCAACCAAGACGACGUCAAGUUAGCCUUGACUAAAACUGACAAGAAAAACGAAGACGAAGGCUUCGAGGAGAGCCAGAGUUUGAUGUCGGAGUCGCCGAGUCAGGGGGCGUCCUCUGGCGGCAACUACGAGCCGGAGGACUCCGCCCUAGUCGUGUACGCCAAACCGAUGAAGAGCGAGCCGCCGGUGGAGAAGCCGGCCAAGGGGCGGGGCCUGGAGCGGGGUCUGCGCAAGACUGACAUCUCGACGAAUGUGCAAAGGUCGAGUUCGAGAAAUAGUAUUGUCAGUUCGAAAAGUUCGCUCAAUAGUUCGGCGUCCGCUUGCACGGUUAAGAAAAUGCCGGUUAAGGCGGGUGUUGGCAAAGCCCCGCCCCCUAAACCGGUCAAGAGAACGCCCUCGACUGGGGGCACCGCCGGGACGAGACCCCCACGACCCCUGGCCAUGUCUUUCAUGAAACCUACGACUUCUAGCGCCACUAAAGUGCACACAGUGCCCAAGAACGGGGCCUUUAGAACGAAGUAAUCACUCAUUUUUUCACUAGUCAAGGAUUAUUAUUACGAACUAAAUCUUUUAUUCCUACAAACUUUGACAGUCUCAUUUCUUCAUACAGUAUUACGACAAUCAUAAAAUAAAAGACUAACCUAACUCACCUUUUAGGUACCGACCACUUGAGAGCUUGGUAGCGAUAAUUUAUUAUAUAUUUUUUUAUGAUUAUGAUACUUAAUGAACUAAUCACUAAUAAUGACAUAUUUAUUUGUUACCAAAUAUUUACUUGUAGGUAAUACAUCUUCUAUUAAAAACGCCUUGUUUUA